AUGACUGACAAGGCUGAAUCUUCAGACUCUAAGGGAACGAAAAGGGACUUCAGCACGGCGAUCCUUGAGCGCAAGAAGGCGGCGAAUCGGCUUGUUGUGGAUGAUGCUAUCAACGAUGACAACUCGGUCGUCGCGCUCCAUCCAGAUACCAUGGAGAAGCUCCAGCUCUUUCGUGGUGACACAAUCUUGAUAAAGGGAAAGAAAAGGAAGGAUACAAUCUGCAUUGCCCUGGCCGAUGAUACAUGUGAGGAACCAAAGAUAAGGAUGAACAAGGUUGUCAGGAGCAACCUAAGGGUUAGGCUGGGGGAUGUUGUUUCUGUUCACCAAUGUGCUGAUGUCAAGUAUGGAAAGCGUGUCCACAUUCUUCCUGUGGAUGACACUAUUGAAGGGGUCACUGGAAAUCUGUUUGAUGCAUACUUGAAACCUUAUUUCCUGGAGGCCUACCGUCCAGUGAGGAAGGGUGAUCUCUUCCUUGUGAGAGGAGGAAUGAGGAGUGUAGAAUUUAAGGUUAUUGAAACUGACCCUCCUGAGUACUGUGUGGUCGCUCCCGACACUGAAAUCUUCUGUGAGGGGGAGCCUGUGAAAAGGGAGGAUGAGGAGAGAUUAAAUGAGGUUGGCUAUGAUGAUGUUGGUGGAGUUAGGAAACAGAUGGCUCAGAUUCGUGAAUUAGUGGAGCUGCCACUGAGGCAUCCCCAACUAUUUAAAUCGAUUGGUGUGAAGCCACCAAAGGGUAUUCUGCUGUAUGGACCUCCUGGAUCGGGUAAGACUCUAAUUGCCCGAGCUGUGGCUAAUGAAACCGGGGCAUUCUUUUUCUGCAUCAAUGGACCUGAAAUCAUGUCAAAAUUGGCUGGGGAGAGUGAAAGCAAUCUCAGGAAAGCUUUUGAGGAAGCAGAGAAGAAUGCACCAUCAAUUAUCUUUAUUGAUGAAAUUGAUUCAAUUGCUCCCAAGAGAGAGAAGACACAUGGAGAAGUUGAGAGGAGGAUUGUUUCCCAGCUCUUGACGCUCAUGGAUGGACUAAAGUCUCGUGCACAUGUAAUUGUUAUGGGGGCUACAAAUCGGCCAAACAGUAUUGAUCCAGCUCUCAGAAGGUUUGGAAGAUUUGAUAGGGAAAUAGAUAUUGGUGUACCAGAUGAAGUUGGGCGUCUCGAGGUUGUCCGUAUUCAUACAAAGAACAUGAAGCUUGCUGAAGAUGUUGAUUUGGAAAAGAUAGCUAAGGACACACAUGGUUAUGUUGGUGCUGAUCUAGCUGCUUUGUGUACUGAGGCUGCUCUUCAAUGCAUCAGAGAGAAGAUGGAUGUGAUUGACUUAGAAGAUGAGGAAAUAGAUGCUGAGAUUCUGAAUUCAAUGGCAGUGACAAAUGAGCACUUCAAGACUGCUCUUGGCACAAGCAACCCAUCUGCUCUUCGUGAAACGGUUGUUGAAGUGCCCAAUGUUAGCUGGGAAGAUAUUGGAGGUCUUGACAAUGUUAAGCGAGAACUUCAAGAGACUGUUCAGUAUCCUGUUGAGCAUCCUGAGAAAUUUGAGAAAUUUGGAAUGUCACCUUCAAAGGGAGUUCUUUUCUAUGGUCCUCCUGGAUGUGGUAAAACUCUUCUCGCCAAAGCUAUUGCCAAUGAGUGUCAAGCAAACUUCAUCAGUGUCAAGGGACCUGAAUUGCUAACGAUGUGGUUUGGAGAGAGUGAGGCCAAUGUGAGGGAAAUUUUCGACAAGGCACGUGGGUCUGCUCCAUGUGUCCUGUUCUUUGAUGAACUCGAUUCCAUUGCUACUCAGAGAGGUAGUAGCGUAGGUGAUGCUGGGGGUGCAGCUGACAGGGUUUUGAACCAACUACUUACAGAAAUGGACGGAAUGACUGCUAAGAAAACUGUUUUCAUUAUUGGGGCCACCAACAGACCUGACAUUAUAGACCCUGCACUUCUACGUCCAGGACGUCUGGAUCAGUUAAUUUACAUCCCUCUCCCUGAUGAGGAAUCUCGCUUUCAAAUAUUCAAAUCAUGUUUGAGGAAAUCUCCAGUUUCCAAAGAUGUGGACAUCAGAGCACUUGCCAAGUACACCCAAGGAUUCAGUGGUGCUGAUAUAACUGAAAUAUGCCAGCGUGCUUGCAAAUAUGCCAUUAGAGAGAAUAUUGAGAAGGAUAUCGAAAGGGAGAGGAGGAGAAGCGAGAAUCCUGAGGCGAUGGAGGAGGAUGUUGAUGACGAAGUAGCAGAGAUCAGGGCAGCGCAUUUUGAGGAGUCAAUGAAGUAUGCUCGUAGGAGUGUUAGUGAUGCUGAUAUCCGCAAAUACCAGGCAUUUGCGCAGACAUUGCAGCAGUCAAGAGGGUUUGGAACCGAGUUCAGGUUUGCAGACAAUCCUUCUGGUGCAGCCGCUGGAUCCGACCCUUUUGCAACUGCUGCUGCUGGGGCUGAUGAAGAUGACCUUUACAACUAG